UGAGACCACCCUGAACGGAACGUGGCAGCCUGUCUGAGCGGGGCACCUCCUCUAUAUAAGACAUCUGAUCUUCCGAGGGAUCUCCCUUCCUUCUGUCUUUAAUUUGAUCAAAAAAAUACACUGCCUACCAAUUCUAUAUUAUUCUACCUCUAUAACGCCAUGUCACAGCGAGAAGACCACCUGGCCUAUGGCCAUUACUACUCGCAGGACGGUUCUCGGAGCGGGGCAGGCGAGAGCGCCAGAGGCUUAGUUGGAGAUACCUUCAAAAAGCUGAAGUCAACAUACAAGAGCCAUCAGGGUUCUCCAGCUCAGAGUCAGCAGGCAGGAAGUAACCAGCAGCAGAGUCAUAACCCUGGAGGUUAUGGGCAACAACCAAACCAGAGUCAAACCCCCAAUCCCCCGUACCAAAAUCCUCAGUCCCAAGGAAAGCCUCCGAAGCAGGAUAAAGUUUCCGGACUGCUGGGAAAGCUUCAAGGCACCGUAGCAGAUUUCGGUGGUGAAUUCGCCCAGCGUAUCGGAACCGCACUCGAUCCACAGGCCUAUGCGGAAUAUGGACAGCAGAACCCGGAUACGGAUUAUCGAUUUGGAAGUUUUGCUCCGGCGCGACAGGGGAAUGAUGUGAAGUGGUAUGUCGAUGGGUGCAGCUACUUCUAUGCUGUCUCCAAGGCGUUGGAGAAUGCAAGGGAGUCAGUUUGGAUUUUGGAUUGGUGGCUUUCUCCAGAAUUGUACCUACGACGUCCUCCCGCGAAGAAUGAACAGUAUCGACUCGAUCGGCUGCUUCAAGCUGCCGCUCAGCGUGGAGUGCGGGUGAAUAUCAUCGUCUACAAGGAGGUGACCCAGGCUUUGACUUUGUCCUCCUCCCACACAAAGCACCAUCUGGAAAACCUCCACCCCAAUAUCGCAGUUUUCCGCCACCCCGACCACCUCCCUGACGCCCAAGAACUCACUGCUUCGAUAACGUCGUCCCUUCAGCAUUUCUCUCUCGAUGCUGCUUCGCUGGCCAAGAUGCCCGGGGAGGCAAUCAAAGGUAUAUACGGAAUGAACGAUGAUGUCAUUCUCUACUGGGCACACCACGAGAAGCUCUGCUUGAUUGACGGCCGAGUGGCAUUCAUGGGAGGCCUGGACUUGUGCUUUGGACGCUGGGACACCAACCAACACAGCCUCUCCGAUGUCCAUCCCACAGACUUGAACGAGAUCGUCUUCCCUGGCCAGGACUACAACAACGCCCGAGUCCUCGACUUCCAGGACGUUUCGCACUGGGAGCAGAACCAGUUGGAUCGGAAGUCAGCCUCUCGCAUGGGAUGGUCUGAUGUGGCCCUGAGCUUGCACGGACGAGUUGUUGAGGACCUGCGAAGGCAUUUCGUGGAGCGGUGGAACUUCAUCUAUGAUGCGAAGUAUGAAGUUCGUAAGGAGCAGAGGUAUUCACGACUGGCAUUGUUUGGACGUCCGAGCUCGGCUGUCAGUCAGGGUAGCCAGUCUCCGCAACCUGGCCAUGAGCAACAGCAUGGAGCUGGGAAACUACAAUCACCUCAGCCACAGCAGCCAUCCCAGCAGCCACAGCAAGCUCCACAAUGGCAGCAACCGCAGUCACCACAACCCCAGCAGCCACAGCAAGCUCCACAAUGGCAGCAACCGCAGUCACCACAACCCCAGCAGCCAUCCCAGCAGCCAUCCCAGCAGCCACAACAACAAGCCCAACCACAAUGGCAGCAGUCGCAGUCGCAGCCGCAGCAACAACAACCUUCACCACAGCAGCCUCAUUGGCAGCAACCACCACAGCAGGCUCAGCAACAGCCACAACUGGCAGAGCUGCAAGCAUCGCCCGGAUGGCAACAGCAAUCGCAGUCUCAACAGCCACAACAGCAACCGCAGCAACCGCAAGUGUCCCAAGAGAAACCACAAUGGCAGCAGCAGCAGUCUACGGAAUAUAAACCAUAUCGGCCAGACGGCGCUUCAAACACUCCUCCGUCUCAAAAUUCCGGCAGUCCCACUCCAAGCCAUCAAUCGCCGCCGCCGAGCUACCAUGCAUACGAACACCAGAGUACUCCACAACAAUAUACAUACACUGGACAGUCGUUCCCACCACCGCCUCCUGGAGCUCCCCCGAAUAAACCCAAUCAGCUCCAAACUCAACAGAGCCAGCAGGGUCAACAGCAGGGUCAGCAAGGCCAAGCACCUUACUUCCCGCCUCCACCGACUCAGGAAGGUUCUCAAAACCAAACACGUUGUGUUGAGGAUCACGAAGGUACCCGCGGUGUUGGUGAUCUUGACAGAGGCUUCGCUCUCCCUCGUCGUUUCAAAAAGGAUGAUCUGAUGCAGUAUAGCAACAAUUUCCGUGGUCAAUUGGCCGGCCAGAUCCAUCAAUACCAGGACCGUCUCACCACACUUGGACGACCACAGGGGCAGGCGCGGGGUAACAUGUCUUGCCAGAUUGUGCGCAGCUGUUCCAAAUGGAGUCAUGGUAGCGACACCGAGCACUCGAUUGCCGACGCCUAUUCGGCCAUCAUCCGCAACAGUGAGCAUUGUGUUUACAUCGAGAACCAGUUCUUCAUCACCGCUACAAGCGACUCUCAGAAACCCGUCAAGAAUAAGAUCGGUGCUGCGAUCGUGGAGCGUAUCUUGCGCGCGGCUCGUGCAGGCCAGAAGUAUAAGAUUAUCGUUGUGAUUCCUUGCGUGCCAUGCUUUGCUGGAGACUUGAGCGAUGAAUCCACCUUGGGCACUCGUGCCAUUAUGGAGUUUCAGUACAACUCCAUCAACCGAGGUGGAAACAGCAUAAUGGAGCUUAUUGCCAAGGAAGGGUACAACCCUAUGGAAUAUAUCCGCUUCUACAAUCUUCGUAACUACGACCGCAUUAACCUCAGUGGUCCGUUGGCGGACGCUGAACAGAGAAGCGGUGUUAAUUACGAAGAGGCGCGGAAAGAGCAGGAUGUGAAAACUGGUGGGCAAGGUGGCUAUGGUCCGGGCGCUCCUCGGAGUGCGUUUGACCCGUCAGCUCCGUUCCAGCAGUAUCAAAAUGCUGCCCGGCAAAUGUCUGACAAGCCAUCGUCUGGUCAGUGGGAUAGCGUGAGCUCAUGCUAUAUGCUGAAUGGAGAAGACCUUCGCAAGGUGCCAUGGGAUGGUCCUGCUGAGGCUGAAAUCGAUGCAUUCGUUACUGAGGAACUAUAUGUUCACUCCAAGGUUAUGAUUGCCGAUGAUAGAAUCGUCAUUUGCGGAUCCGCAAACAUCAACGACCGAUCCCAGCUGGGAGAUCACGACUCAGAGAUUGCAGUGAUCAUCGAAGACUACACACCAAUUUCGUCCACGAUGAAUGGCAAACCCUGGACCGCGAGCCGCUUUGCAGCAUCCCUGCGUCGACAGCUAUUCCGCAAGCACCUUGGCCUCCUCCCACCCCAAGACCCCGAACGUCCAGACGCCAACUACGAGCCAGCCGGUGUCCCCAACGACGCCGACUUGGACUCACCCGAAAGCCAACUCGUCGCCGAUCCGUUGGCCGAUCCCCUCCACAACGUCUGGAACACCCGCGCACGUACAAACACUGAAGCCUUCCGAAAGGUCUUCCAUUCCGUUCCCGACGAUUCGGUUCGCGACUGGGCUACUUACAAGGAGUUCUACGGGUACUACUUCCACAAGGCGGAUAAGCAGGCCUAUGGAGAAGCAAAGGAUGCGGCACCGGCGAGGUACAGGUAUGGACAUGUUGUUCGGGACAACUUCCCGCCUGGUCCUGAGGGCGUGAAGCAAGUCAAGGAAUUGCUUAGCCAAGUGAAGGGAACAUUGGUUGAAAUGCCGUUGAUGUUUUUGAUCCAGGAGGACGUUGCGAAGGAGGGACUAACGCUUAACGAGGUGACGGAGCCGAUCUAUACUUGAUUUUGCAUACCUUGAUUUGAUGUAUAUUUGACAC